AUACUUUUGCACUUUUACUUUAUAAAAACAAUCAAUGCAAAAGUCAAUUUUCUUUUUGAUGGGUCUGUGGGAUUACCCGGUGUUUCUUUUUCUGCAGAAUCUAAAUAUAAGUCGGUGACAAAUAGUCCAAAUACAGUAGCAACCCAACUGUGAUGUGGGGGUGGUGCUGAGAGAACAGCUCCAGAAGUCUCCUCCUUCCUCUCUGUUGGAUCCGGAGUGAGCCAGGAGAAGGUCGCCUCUCUCAGCUCUCUGUCUGUCUCCAGAUUACCAUGAAGAGACAAAACGCCCGGACUCUCGCCCUCAUCAUCAGCAUCCUCACCUACCUGGUGGUCGGAGCGGCCGUGUUCGAGACUCUGGAGUCCAGACAGGAGAAGAGCCACAAGAGGAAGCUGGACGCCAGGAAGUACGAACUCAUGCGCAAAUACAACUUAACCAAAGAGAACUUCGAGGAGCUGGAGCACACAGUCCUGCAGCUCAAACCGCACAAAGCUGGAGUCCAGUGGAAGUUUGCUGGCUCCUUUUACUUCGCCAUCACUGUGAUUACCACCAUAGGUUACGGCCAUGCGGCGCCCAGCACCGACUCAGGAAAAGUGUUCUGCAUGUUCUACGCCCUCCUGGGGAUCCCGCUCACCCUGGUCAUGUUCCAGAGCCUGGGUGAGCGGAUCAACACGUUCGUCAGGUACCUGCUGCACCAAGCCAAGAAGUGCCUGGGAAUGCGUCACACCGAGGUCUCCAUGGCAAACAUGGUGACGGUGGGCUUCUUCUCCUGCAUGAGCACCCUGUGCGUGGGGGCCGUGGCGUUCUCCCACUGCGAGGGAUGGAGCUUCCUCCACGCCUACUACUACUGCUUCAUCACGCUCACCACCAUCGGGUUCGGAGACUACGUGGCCCUGCAGAGGGACGACGCGCUGCAGAACGACCCUCGGUACGUGGCCUUCUGCUUCGUCUACAUCCUGAUGGGCCUGACGGUGAUUGGGGCGUUCCUGAACCUGGUGGUGCUCCGCUUCCUGACCAUGAACACCGAGGACGAGCGCAGGGACGCCAAGCAGAGGGCCCUGAUGUCCGUCGGCAAGCCCAGAGGAGAGGUGGCUCGCCUGCUACCGAUCUCAGCCUCGACCUCGUCCACACCCGUAGCAGACGACGCCACAAAGGCUAGAGAUUUAAAAGGCGUCUACACCGAGGUGCUGCAUUUCCAGACUAUAUGCUCCUGCUUGUGGUACAGGAGCAAGGAGAAGCUGCAGGGCUCCAUACCCACCAUGAUCCCUCAGGAGCUCACGUUCUCCGAUGCCUACAUGCAGCAGAACAGUAGCUGUCCUCACUACAUGGAGCCCGGAUCAUCAGGCUGCGUUUGCAGUCCGCGCCAGUGCUCGAGCAUAAGCUCCAUAACAACGGGCCUACGCAUUUUCUCCCCGUUCAGGGUGUUUAAGAGACGCAGCUCCGUCUAGCCUUUCAAUAGAUUUCAGUAACAGACACUGUGCAGUCCUCACAGCAAAGACGUGACUGCCGAAGUUUGUGGUGCUAUAAUCCCAGUAAACAGUAGGGGAAAAAAGCAUAGAGUACUGUAAAGUCUUACUCAAAUAUGUGUUUGAGAAGGCGCCGCACCUAAUGUUUUGACUUGAGGUCUUAUCAUGCAUGAAGUGAUCUGGGUCACUACCUGUGUACACGUGGUGUACACAGAUCGCAGGUGAGAGCAGAGCGGCAGAACAGGUGCUGCUGGGAGGAGAUUCAGAUCGAGUCAGCUGAGCAACGGCAUGAUGAAGUGGCGAGAUAAAAUAACUGACAUCUCGUAGAUAACAGCUCUGCAGUGAAUUCCAAUUUUUGUUAAAGCAGCAGUAGGCAGAAUAUUUUAGGCAUCAUUGGGCAAAAAAUCCAUAAUAACCUUUCAGCAUAUUGUAAUUCAAGUGUUCUGAAAGAGACUUCUG